AAAUAAGGUUGGGAAAUUUGCUUCUUUUUUGUGUGUGUAGAAGUAGUAAAGUCUGCUUUAAAUUUGAAGGUUUGAAGUGUGGACGUGAAGAAUUAAACAAGUUUGAGGUUCAAUUCGACUGCUUUUCUUGGCAUCUUAAAAACAAAAACUACAAUUAUAUAGAUUUUUUUUUCAUAUAUUGUUAAUUACACUAAAUCUUGAAACAUAUGACCAUCUGGGACAUUGAUAGUCAUCCAACCAUUGUUAUCCUGCCGUCUCUCCCUCUCUGCGAUCUUACAAAUGUGCGUUCCCCUUGUAUGCAAUCAUCUUUGUGUGCGUCACAGUUUUUUCGUUUCCCAUUUUCUAAGCGCAUAAAAAAAUUCAUUGGCUGAGCUUAAAAUGGGCCUGUGGUGAUAGCCUUGAUGAUUGGUGGUUGAUGAAAGUAUUAAUAGUGAAAAAUUAUGGCGGUUCGUAAUGGACCCGGUACUGCUAGUCUGGUAAUUAGGUAUGCUGGAUGGAUGUUCAUGGAUAAUCAUAAUUUAUUUAGUUCUAGAGAUGCUGUGUCGUUCUUAAUUUAAGUGAAGAUCGGUCCUAGAAAGGAACUUAAUCUUAUUCUUUUCAGUUCUUUGUUGAUGUGAGCGAUCACCUUGACAUAAAAGCACUGAUUGUCUUGAAGUUGUCUUGAAGUUCUUGUCAUCUCUCUGAAUUCUUGAGGUUGUCGAAAGCAAAAUUGUUUUAUUUUUUGUUUUGUGGUUUUGUCUGUCAUUGAUUGUUUGAUUUAACAAGAAUCCAAUGCUUGAAUAUCUGAUUUAUAUGAUUCGACUUCUUAAAUAUAUUUUAUAUUUGAGACGGUCUUUGCUGAUUGUUCACUCAUUUGUAGUCAUUUUCACAUGGCCUUAAAAAAAAAAAGUUGUGUGCGCGAGCGCGAGGAACUGGGCUCUUCUUGAACUUAUCCUUGUUCAAAUUGUAUUUCUUCAUUCCUGGUUAGAUUUUGUCUUCGAAAAGUUCAUUUUAUUUUUUAACCUAUUGAUUGUUUAACAAAGAUUUAGAAAGUGGUGCUUAUCUAGAAGGAUGGAUUUUAACGUCUCUCAUUGAAAAGCUGCGAAGUUUCUUGCUAGCAGUUCACAGUAUUCAAAUGUGCUGGUGUAAGCCAUACUUUGCCGUUGCUUUAUCAAGAGAGAUGAAAUGGGAAUUUUUUUAAACGGAAUUUUACCGAGAAUAGAAAAACAAAAAACAAAAUGGGAACCAGGAAUGGAUAUGUUUCACGCUCUCCCCGUAAUUAUUGUUAGGGUGGAGUCCUUAUCUGAUAAGAAAUCUAAAGUUGUGGGGUCCUUAAACCUGCGUUUUUUGGGAGCUCUGGCCUUUGGUAUGAAAAACAAAACGAUGGGGUGGGCCAUGGGGACCUUUUGUUUGGUGCCUUUACUUAUUCUAGUUCAGACAUCAUAAUUGCUUCGCUGGUGGCAUAUAUCUUGUGCCUAUCUAGAUGUUUUUACAUGCUCAUACGCGCAAGUGGUAUCUUUACUGAUUUUGUAUUCUUUCUCAGUAGAGUUUCAUAGUUUGUAUCAUUGGAAGGUUAUGAGUUAGUGGGUACCUGUGCUUGGAUGAUGAGAGGAAUUUUGUUACUGAUAUGGUUUGAUUUCUGUUGCCUAUUUCAGAGUUAAAGAAGAACGUGAGAAUCUAUGGAAUUUGAGAAUUAUUUUACCCAGGGAUGGAAAUCAGUUUCAAGUGCGGCAACUGACUCGGAAAAUCCCAGUGGUUGUUUCGACUGUAAUAUCUGUUUUGACUUUGCACAUGAGCCAGUAGUCACCCUCUGUGGCCACCUCUACUGCUGGCCCUGCAUCUACAAGUGGCUCCACGUCCAGAGCGCCUCGCUUGCCUCCGAUGAGCACCCGCAAUGCCCAGUUUGCAAGGCUGAUAUAUCCCACACCACCAUGGUUCCCCUCUAUGGCCGUGGCCAAGGCUCAACCGAAGCUGAAGGCAAGACACCAUACAGGGGCACGAUCAUUCCUCCCAGACCAUCAGCUUGUGGUGCUCAAGGUGUGGUGUCGAACACAUCUAAUAGCGGCCAGCGGCUUCCAUAUCGCAAUCCUUACCGGAGCCAUAACUAUAAUGCUAAUCCAUACGGCGGUUUUGAAGAGGCUUCCCCAUCACCCUUGCUUAAUCUUGGAGACCCUACAAUGACCGGUUUGCAGCAACCAGUUGUUGGGAUGUUCAGAGAGAUGGUGUAUGCGAGGGUUUUCGGUCCCUUUCCAAACUCGUAUCACUUAAUGGGUACUGGUAGCCCUAGGUUGAGAAGGCAUGAGCUGAUGGCAGAUAAGUCAUUGAAUAGAAUCUCCAUUUUUCUCUUUUGUUGCUUUCUUUUAUGCCUCAUUGUAUUUUGAAAUACAGUACUAGGUUAUUGUCCAUUGUUCACCACGAUAGUUAGUUCGUAAAGAGCAAUGGAUCCGAGUUUAUGAAACAUCUGUGGAUCCCUUAUAUAUAUGAUUUGAUCUUCAUAGUUUGCUGGAAA